AUAAACCAUAUUCUCUUGUCGAGCUCUUUUGCUUCAUUUCCAAACCCCAAAAUCUUCAUGUUGUUUUCCUUUCUCUUGCUCUAUUCAGUUCUUGCUUAUUGUCUCGCUUUCUGCGAUCGGCACAUGUCCAUAUAUCUUUCUUGAAAUUAAAGAAGAAGAAGAUGAAGAGCAAGAUGGGGAAACUUCAUGAAGAUAAUAGGAAUAUUAGGGCUCUUGGAAAGAAUUAUGAUAACUACAUGGAGUUGCAGGAUAACCUUGAAGAGAAGAUUUCUGUGUUUUACGUUCAAGAUAUCGAUGAGGCUUGUCGUGCUGGUGACGGUGGUGAUGAUUUUGGAUCCGAAAAUGGUGAUUUAGAGGAGAAAAUUAUCUACUGGGAAACUCAAGAGGCCUUGCUUCAGGAAAUUCUGGAGCGCAAUAGCUUAACAGGUCAAAAGCUGCGACAAGAGGUUAUGAGAAUCGUUGAGCUUUCAAGAGAAAGAGAGUUUUGCCGCUGCUCGAAGCCAAGCUCUAAUGGCGGGUGCACUCACUGUUUGAGAAGAUUAGUAGUGAAUUUGCUUCGUGAUAAGGGAUUCAAUGCCUCUCUCUGUACAUCCCAGUGGAAACGCACCAAAAAGUAUCCUGGAGGGAGACAUGAGUACAUUGAAAUAUUAACAAUCGCCUCCGGACGCACGAAGCAACUGCCAUUAGUAGUCGAAUUGGAGUUCCGAGACCAGUUUGAGAUAGCUAAAGCUUGUGACGAGUACGGAAAACUCGUGGCACAAUUACCAGAAUUCUACAUAGGAAAACCUAAGUACCUGAGCACCAUUGUUCGAAUUCUUUGUGAAGCUGCCAAGAAAUCCUUGAAGGAGAAGAAAAUCCAUAUGGGACCUUGGAGAAAGAGAAGUUUCAUGGAAAUGAAAUGGUCAUACUCUUUGAAGCAGCGUUCUGUUGAUGAAUCAUUGAACAAUUUGAUAUCUCCGGGACUCCAUGAAAAUCGCUUACACUUAUCAGCAGCUCCAAUUGUGAUUGUCACCUAAUUAAAUUUCUCGUUGGAGUUAGACAAGUUUUGGUCCGAAAUUUUUCCUCCCUUUUGGUUUGACAGAGAGAGUUACAAUAAUAAUAAUAAUAAUAAUAAUGUAUGAUAAUGUAUAUAAAAAUUUUAAUUUGGCUCUUUUUUAUAAGAGCUUGCGGCAGGUUAUAAAAUUAUUUUGUAUAAAGUUAACAGAAGGGAGUUGGGUAAUUUACAUAAAUAUGUUAUUUUUUU